CGGACGUCCGUCGUCCGAUCUCGUCGAAUCGAGUCCAUUAACGAUGCUAGCGCCGACCGAUCGCGUUGGCUGCCACUUCUUCCUCGUCGACUGCGUCCAUACCGGCAGCCCCAUCUUUCGACCGAGUUACGUCCGGUGCCAGAAAACCCAAGGCCAAAAGAUACUGCGCUGCUUUCCGCACUGCUGUCCGGGCCACGUGCACUACCGCAACUGCGGCGCGUCGCUCUACCUUCGGACCGCGCACCACACGCCAUCUCCCCUGCACGUGUUUGGGCUCUUCUCGCUUAGCGACGAGGACCCCUACCCGGCCGGGACCGUCGUCGACGCCAGCCUCGUCCAGCGCGAGCUCCGUGUGCCGUCCAACCCGCGCGGCUCGCUCGUGAGCGCGGUCCGCGACGAGAUCAUCCCCAACGCGUUCCGCUUCGAUGAAAAGGAGCUCAACGGGUGGCAGUACAGCUGGAAGAGCGGGCGCAGCAAGGCCCAGCGCGACCUCGCCCAUGUCUUCCGCGCGAUCGUGCUCACGCCCGUGGCGCCCGACGUGUGGCGCGUCGUGAGCACGGCGACGUCGACACCGUUUACCAUCGUGUCGUACCGCGGCGAGUACAACAAGCGCAAGCGGGCGGGCGAGACGUCGUCCGAGCUGUCGGCCUCGUCGUACGACGUUUUGCUGUCGUACAUCCGAACCUUCCGCGUGGACAUGGCGCCGGCCGCGAGCGUGGCCUGGCUUCACCACGCCAUGGGGGCUGCGUGCCCCACGCUUGGGCCGCUGGCCGCAUGCAGCGACGGGUCGUGGCACGAUCAGAUCUGCGUCGCGAUCGCAUUGGCGCUGUGCGGCCGCGAGUUUGUCGCCGAGUUCAACGCGUGCCUCCUUACGCACGCCGCGGCAGUGCUCGCCAAGCCCGAGUCGCAAGCGAUCUUGACCCGCUUUUCGAGCACGUGCUGCUGCCGACCAUCGACCGCGUCGUGA